CACUGGCUGUUCCUGCCUGGUGUAAGGUCUUGCCCCCACUCUUUGCCUACUGGCUCCUGCUGAGGUCUCAACUUAAAUGUUACUGCAGAGAGGGCCACCCGCCCCCUCCCUGCCCCACCAUCACAGGACUACCGGAAGUGGGUUCUGCUUCUCAGCUCUAGUUUUUGUAGCUUGGCUGCACUUUGUACCUGGCAGGUGGUGGUGAUGUUUUUGUUUAUGUGUUAUGUCUGACUGUGCAUUGAUACCUAGGAUCACCACCGGGUCCCCUGGGCCUGCACUUAUUGUGCAUCUGUGCCAGCCCUGCACACAGCUGCAGGCUUCUCUUCAUCUGUACGUUGCUGCUGUUUCCUGCUGGGAGUGUCUACCCUGUCCCAGACUAGCUGGGUGACUUCCCCUAGCCACAGAGAGACGGCUGCAACCAAGCAACUCAGACCUGACCCUGAUUCUGCUGGUGCUGGGCACCAGGAAGCUAGGCUCCCAGCCAGGUGACUGCCCCGAAGCCCUUCCCACACCCCGGGCCCCCUAGCUCAGGACCCCCACCCCGAACAGCCUCUUACCACCUGCCCCUGCCCCAGGAACUACACUUCCCGGCAGGCGGUGGAGCGGCACCACGGCUCCCAGCGUGCUCCUGGGCGCGGCAACGCCCCUGGCUCAAAGCUGAGUGGCUGCAGGUUAGGGCUCUAGCCUUGCCGGGAGCUGCUCUGGACACAGGGCCCAGCCACCCCUUCUACAGAAUGCCUGAGGGUCCUGAGCUGCACCUGGCCAGCCACUUUGUGAAUGAGGCAUGCAAGGGGCUUGUGUUUGGCGGGUGUGUGGACAAGUCACCUGUCAGCCGCAACCCUGAGGUGCCCUUUGAGAGCAGUGCCUACUGCAUCUCAGCCUCAGCCCGUGGCAAGGAACUGCGCCUUACACUGAGUCCCCUGCCUGGAGCCCAGCCCCCACAGGAGCCACUGGCCCUCAUCUUCCACUUUGGCAUGUCUGGCUCCUUCCAGCUGGCACCUGGUGAUGCGCUGCCACCCCAUGCCCAUCUGCGCUUUUACACAGCUCCACCCGGUCCCCGACUCGCCCUCUGCUUUGUGGACAUCCGCCGCUUUGGCCGCUGGGACCUUGGGGGCCAAUGGCAGCCAGGCCGUGGGCCUUGUGUCUUGCUGGAGUAUGAGCAGUUCAGGCUGUGUCCCCCCAGGAAAAAUGUGUUACGAAACCUAGCGGACAAGGCCUUUGACCGGCCCAUCUGUGAAGCCCUCUUGGACCAAAGGUUCUUCAAUGGCAUUGGAAACUAUCUGCGGGCAGAGAUCCUGCACCGGCUGAAGGUACCCCCCUUCCAGAAGGCCCGCACAGUUCUGGAGGCACUACGGCAGCGCAGGCAGAGCCCAGAACUGACCCUGAGCCAGAAGAUCAGGGCCAAGCUGUGGAACCCGGACUUGCUGGAGCUGUGCCACUCGGUGCCCAAGGAAGUGGUCCAGCUGGGUGAGGUCCAGAAGGCAAAAAUGGCCAGCCACCUCUGCUUUGGCAUAUUGGGGCAAAGGUUACGGGCCAGAGCGUGGGGAGGAGGACUUUGCUGCCUUUCGUGCCUGGCUGCGGUGCUACAGCAUCCCCGGCAUGAGCUCUCUGCGGGACCGGCACGGCCGCACCAUCUGGUUCCAGGGGGAUGCUGGACCCCUGGCACCCAAAGCCACUCAGGGACCUGGGUCUCACCCAGGACCCUCCACUUCCAAGCAAGCCCCGUUCCAGGACACGCAGGGCACGGAGAGGCCCUCCUGGGCAGCCUAGAGCCCAGCAGCCCAAGGAGACCAGCAUCCAGCAGGAUCCAGAAGACCCCCCAGUCCCUGGAAAGGGGAAGAGGAUGGGAUGAUUGGCGACCUCGGGCUGCCGCAGAGCCCAGAAACCAAAGAUCAAGGCUGAUACCCUAUCCUUGGAGCCUGAGAGGACGUCAGACUCCUAGCAGGAUGGUCUCCUUCCUUGCGUCCACCUCAGCCCACUGGACCUGGUGGCCUGUGCGGCUUCCUAAAGGCAGGAGGUAGUUGUGGGGGCUGGCUGCCCAUGGCUCUGUCAGCUGUUCCAUGCACGACUAUGACGUUUUAAUUGUAAUCCACCUUCCCCAUUUUUUAAGCCCAUGUAAAAAAUGCUGUAACUUUUUAUAAACUGAUGAACUUCUU